CUCCAAACUGGGUGUCCCUCUUCGCUUUGGGUGCGCUGCAACUCACCGGCGAAGAGCAUCCGUCGCUGGCGAUGGCCGCAGGCCCGGCCGAUCCUUGGUCGGAUCAAGCUGCCCCCGGCCUAUGCCGACUGCGUUGCCGCAACGGCGCUGAAACAGUCGCAGUGGCAAAAUGAGUAACCCAAGCCGCUACAAUCAUCGUGACGAGUGACAUCAUCGGCCCGGUCAGCUCUCCUCACAAUCACACUCGAAAGAGUGAGAAACUGACCUCGCCGUGGAGCAAGCGCUGCAAGGUGGUUGGGCAUAGAGGGGCAAGCACAAGCAGAGGCCAGCCUUGCCCAGCCUUGCCCAGCCGCUGGUCAACACACUGGUACUCCAAGAUCGGCGCUUUCCCUCCGUCAUUAUCGUCUCCGUGGACACCGGCCGAUAGAUUAUGAGUCUUCGAGAUGUGUGGGACAGAUGAAAUCGCCGCCGAAGAACGCAAGCGGAGCAAGCUGAUCGACCAGAAGCUCAAGGAGGACCACCGGCAAGAGGAGUCUCUCAAGACCAUCAAGCUGCUCCUGCUAGGCUCUGGAGAAUCCGGCAAGUCCACCGUCCUCAAGCAAUUCAAACUCCUGUACGGCACGGGAUUCACCGACACCGACCUGAACGUCUUCCGGUCGGCCGCGCUUGGGAAUCUUGUUGGGUGCAUGAAGGUCCUCAUCACCGAGUCGCAGACACGGGGCUUUGCAUUCGAGAACCCUGGAGCAGAGGAUUUGUGCAAAAUGGUCCUCGAUCUGCCGUACUUGUUUUCGACCACGGCCGGGCAGGAAACCAUGUCAAAAGCAGUCAGCGAUGCCAUCGAGGCUCUGUGGAAAGACAGCGCCAUUCAAAGCACAUUCAAACUCUCACACGAAUUCCAGCUGCCAGACUGUUGCGAAUACUUCAUGCAAAACUGCAGCAGAAUCUGCAGCCCAGACUUCCAACCCACACAUCAAGAUGCGCUGUUUGUAAGGAUCAUGACCUCGACCAUCUCCGAGAACCGAUUUACGAUCAACGGAAUGCAAUACCGAAUAUACGACGUGGGCGGGCAGCGCAGCGAGAGGCGAAAGUGGAUGCACUACUUUGACGACGUCAAGGCGGUACUGUUUGUGUCGGCCAUAGGAUCCUACGAUCAGACAAUAUCAGAGGACAAGGCCACCAACCGGAUGGUCGAGUCGAUAAAUGUCUUUCAGAACAUCUGCAACAACCCGUUGAUGAUCAAGACCCCGAUGCUCAUCUUCUUCAACAAAAUUGACCUUCUGGCGCCAAAGCUCAAAGAUCCGACAAAGCCGCUGAACAAGUACUUCCCAGAGUUCACAGGGCGCAACGAGAUUGAGGCAGUAAAAACCUUCUUCCGGGCCAAGUUCGAUGCAGUGAACCAAACGCCCGAGCGCAUCAUCUAUUACUACUACACCCACGCCACCGACACCAACCAGAUCAAAUCCAUCCUGAAGGUCGUGACGUUGGUGAUCAUGCAGAUGAAUCUGGCCACGGCGGGCUACAUGUAAAUUGUA